CUUAAAUCUUAUUUUGCUUCCAGGCUGGGAAAAGAGGUGGCAUCCGUCAAUGGGACUGGAAAGAAAGUCGGACAGAGGACUAGCAGAAUGACAAUGGACACCCAGUCCCACUCAGCACCGUUUCUAUAGCUCAGACAGAAAAAUGGAAAGGUAGACUGUGGCGGACCCCAUUGCUCCCCAGUCUCCUUUAUAAAUCGCUACUGUGGUUAACUUAGCAAGCAAGCAAGCCAGGUCAAGAGGCCAUAUAUGAAUACGUCAUGAUGGAAAGAAUGAAUGGCCCCGGGCUGCAUCCGCUUGCAACGGUGGCCGUACCCCGACUAGCCCACGAGGAUUCCUUCUCGUAUAAGGAAAACUUGAUUGGUGCCUUGCUGGCUAUUUUUGGGCAUCUGCUCAUCAGCAUUGCACUUAACCUUCAGAAGUACAGCCAUAUCCGGCUGUCAGGUAGUAAAGACCACCGAGUCUACUUCAGGACCAAGACGUGGUGGUGCGGGCUCUUCCUGCUAUUUCUAGGGGAGCUGGGAGUAUUCUCUGCCUAUGCCUUUGCACCUCUUUCCCUGAUUGUGCCGCUUGGUGCUGUGUCAGUCAUGGCAAGUGCAAUUAUAGGAAUCAUAUUCAUUAAGGAAAAAUGGAAGCCCAGAGAGUUCUUGAGACGCUACGUUUUAUCCUUCGUAGGCUGUGGCUUGGCUGUUGUCGGGACGUAUCUGCUGAUAACCUUCGGGCCUAAUAGUCAUGAGACCAUGACGGGGGAGAACAUCACAAAACAUUUAGUCAGCUGGCCGUUUCUCUUGUACACGCUGGUGGAGAUUAUCAUCUUCUGCCUGCUGCUGUAUUUCUACAAAGAGAGGAAAGCAAACUAUAUAGUUGUGAUUCUUCUGUUGGUAGCGCUAUUAGGGUCCAUGACAGCCAUCACAGUGAAGGCAGUUGCAGGCAUGAUUGCAGUUUCAAUCCGAGGGAACCUGCAGCUGGGCUAUCCUAUUUUCUACAUUAUGGUGGUUUGCAUGGUGGCAACAGCUGCCUUCCAGGCAACAUUUUUAACCCAAGCUUCACAGCUGUAUGAUGCAUCCCAGAUCGCCAGCGUAGGUUACAUUUUGUCCACAACUGUAGCUGUUACUGCAGGUGCAACUUUUUACUUGGACUUUACUGGGGAGGAUGUCCUACAUAUAUGUAUGUUUGCCUUAGGGUGUCUCAUUGCAUUUUUAGGAGUCUUCUUGAUCACUAGAAACAAGAGGAAAUCUAUCCUUUUUGAACCUUACAUCUCCAUGGAUGCUAUGCCAGGCAUGCAGAAUUUGCAUGACAAUGGAACCGCAGUUCAACCUGACCUCAGACCUUCCUUUUCUUACGGUGCGCUGGAGAACAACGAUGCCAUCUCUGAGAUCUACGCUCCUGCUACAUUACCUAUAGUCCAAGAACAGCAUGGCUCCAAAGGAGCACCUAUCCCUCCCUACCGAGUCAUGGAGCACAGCAAAGGAGAGUGAACACUCUCGAAAGGACUGGCGUAAUGCUUGCAAACUGUGUGUUUUAAUUUAUCUUUUUCUUUUUUGCUCUACUGGAAAAACAAAAAUCAGCUGAACUGUGGUUUAAAUAAGUAUCAAAUGUUUUCCUUCCAGUUGUGUUAACUAAGGUUUCUUUACUAGUGUAGACUGAAGCAUUCCUCUAUAAGCUGAACAGUGUCCUUCUUUUAGGAAUGUGAGAUGCUACACGGAACAAAAUGCAAAAGGUGAUAUCAAACUGCAGGGCAGUAAUGCUGAAUUUUAAUUAUAUGUCACCUUACUCUGAAGUUAAACACACACACAUUUGCCCCAUGUGAAUGUAUUUUGUGUUCAUACACCCCUUCCCUCUAGGCACAGACCCUUUAACCUGAAGCAGAUCGCCACGUGUGAAUUCUUGUGCAAGCUGUCCUGCUCAUGUGAUCCACCAGCUGCUUCAUAUUUCAAGAAGAAAACCUGCAGAGCUUUGAAGCGUAAGGAUUACAAUAAGAAGGAACGAUGGGGUUUUGUUCUUGUUCCCCUCCAGCACUGAGCUGGUCUCUUACCAUCUCUGUUGCAGUGGAAGUCAGUAGUCUGCAAAAGUCCUUAAAAAUACAUUCUCUCCUGCCCCCACAUGGACUAGGAGUUUGGUAGUUGCUACCUAUUGAAGUAAAUGGAAGAACCAUGAUUGUAAGAGAGACUCAUGAAGAGAGGGUCUGGCACUUUUUAAAUCAAGGCAUGCCACGGGUCAUUUAGCUGUUAGAAAACCCAGAUAUUCAAGAUCCCUUGAAUCUACAAGGAUUUUAAAACAUUUGCACCUAAACCAUCUAUGCUUUCUGUAUUGGCUGCAUUAUGAAACCCCUAAUUAUUAUGAUUCCCUCUCCACUGAUUUCUAUGGAGGGGUGCGACUCUAUGGAGUCCAGGCUUUUUGGCAAGUUGAUGGAAUUGAAACAGAUUUUUUUUCUCAAAUUGUUCUUGCCGCAUCUCAGCUGUGAACAUGGAGUCCUGUAGCUCUGAACCAAAAAAAUGUUGUUUAUACUUACGUCCCAUUGAAAUCAGUGGCUCAAGUAAGUUGUAUCCUUCAUUAGACGUAGGAGUUGAAAAACGGGGUAGGGGGCAUGUGUGCCCGGACCACUUCUUCUAAUGAAUUUGCAGUAAGACUCGGAUGGUGCAGAUGCCGAUAGGUGUCGCUGACUCUCCUUUGGUCUGUUACCUUUGCUAAUGCCUGAGAUUUGGGUCUUUUUAGCAAGAUGACAUUAAUUCUUGGACUAAUACUGCAGGGUCAUGAACAUUACUGGGCUAAUGGUGAACACUGACUAAGCACCCUUGGCUUGGGGGACCCCCCCCCAAAGUUGGUUUUAGCUCGUUUCUGAACUAUGCAAAAUGUGCUCCGAGGAGGCGAGAGUGUGUGGGGAGGAACAGGCUUUUGAAUCUCCUUGUGGCCAUUAUUAAUUCAGGAGGCUGUUUUUCUCUUGGUACAAAUGUGCUGAAGACCUCUGCUGUUUAUAACCACAAAACGGCAUCUGUUUUAAACUUCCUCCUCCCACCACAGAAUAUUGUGCCUCUCAUUCAUCUGUUUCUGGGCUGGAGUCCCAAGCGGCCCUUUGUACUAAUGGAUUGCACUUUGUGUUAUUUAUUUUGAUGGUUUCUUACCUGGUAUUUAUAAAACGGGAACCAUUCAGUUGCAUGUAGUUUGCACUUCUUGAUUGUUUGUUUUGAGAGGUAGGCAGAAAGAAUGUUUGCAGAUGCAGGGUUCUCCCCCCCCCCCUUCCCGUUCUGGUUUUUUGGUGGUCCUGCGGUCUGGUCUUUUAAAUCUUCCAUUCCCCAUAUUAUGGGCCUUUCAGGUAUACACCCUGCCAUUUCAGAAUGGGAACAAACAAAGGUGGUUAGUUCCCGCUUCUGAGGAGCCCUGUGGGGAGAGCAGUAUGUCACUAGAUCAUUUUAAAAGCCCUCUAGAACUUCCCCAGAAUGACGGUUAAACGUUUGAAAAUAACUUUAUGGCAAGGCCUUUCUUUCCCCUUAGCAGAUCAUGAGGGUAAAAAGAAGCUUUCACAGUGCCCUGAGAACUGAAGGAAAUUUCCUACAGCUCUUGCAUUAAGAUGUCUUAAAAGUCUGUUGACUUCCUUUUCUGAUUUGUAGUACAUAUAAACACUGUUUUGCACAGUGCAAAGAGACACCUUGUGCUUCUUGUCAAAAAGACUUUUCUACCUGUUUGUAACAGAUUCCAGGGCAUUUCAUUGUUUCCAGGGUUGCCUUAAAAUGUAUUCAUGUGAAUGCAGCAAAUACCUUUCUUCAGGAAAUGAAUACUCAAAUUGCCCUAGCCUCUGCCACCAACGCUCAGUGGGGAGGGAUGCAUGUAGCAGAAGGUGGAGGCCUUCAGGAUUAUCAGGGAGAGAGGAGACCGGUUGCUUCCACACUGAAUUUUAGUGCUGCUUUCCCCACAAACCACAUCAGUUUUGUUUGGUAUUUGCUUUGAUUCCAUGUGCCGUUGUCUUAUAAUUGUCUACCUUCUGGAUUUUUCUCAAACCUGCUUUAGUUUGAGAAAUGUUUGGUUACCGUGUGGAUGGGAAGAUGUGGGUUUCUGCACCUCCCUGUCCACAUCCAACACCGUUUUCCCUUUACCUGCCAUGGGUGGGUUUUGUACACUUUUUUCUUUCUAUAGUGUCAUGGCUAUAGUGUCAUGACACUGUAGCAAUCUUUCUGCUACUGAGUUUUGUUUUUCAAGCUGACAGAAAUCACUCUGAUAGGAAUGGGGUGUGUGCAAGGAGAUGUGUGUACAGUGUUGUCAAGUCACAGCUGACUUAUGACAACCCCAGGAAGGGGCUGUCAAGGCCAGUGAGAAGCAGAGGUGGCUUGCCGAUGUCUUCCUCUGCAGAGUCUUCCUUCGUGGUCUCCCAUCUAAGUACCAACCCUGCUUAGCUUCUGUCUGAUGAAAUUGGGUUAUACCAUGCUGCCUUCCCUUUCAUACAAAGAGAUACUGCAGAGAACGUCUUUGUGUGGAGUGGGAAUUGCCUCAUUGUGGAAGCAACCAUUCCGUGAAAGGGUUUCUGUUUUUAGUGCUUUGGGGUCACCGAUGAUCAAAAUGAAGAGCCCUGAAGUCCUUAGAAGAUCCCUAGCCCACAAAAGCUUACGCUGCUGUAAAUCUGUUAGUCCUUCCCCCCUUUUUGCAACAGAUUCACUGGAAUUUGUAGUACCUAGAUUCCGUAGCUGUUCUGAGCAGUUUUAGGGCAUGGUAAACAUGGCAGGGAAUGGCUACAGUUUUUCCUCACUUUAGCUUCUGUUUUGUCUCCUUGGUCCAAACCUUUUUCUUCCCUGAACUCUGUCUGCAAAGGGCAAGGAUGGAGAGAAGACAGGUUGCCAGAUCUCACUUUGGGUACAGCUUAGAGGCUAAAGUAAACCUAAUCUGCUCAUGGAUUUCUGAACAAAAUAGCUGUAAGGAUAGUCUUUGCCAUUCUACUACCCCUUGGCUAGUUUUGUGAUUUAAUCACACACACACACACACACCCAUGUGAGAGAAACAUAUUUCCAUGGUACUGCAACUGAGGAGAAUAGUAGCUCUUCUCUGUCUAUCAGUCCUCCGUAUACAUCUAUUUAAUAUGUAGAAUGUGAUACCUAGAAGUAGCUUGGAACAAGAAGAGAAGCAAGACCCUUUUGAUCAUGGCAGGAACACAUCUGAUCUCUGGUUUGUUUUAGAACUCUCAAAGUCUUGUCUAGGAAGAGGGCUGACAAUGUUAAACCAUUUUAUUUUCAGGAUCAUGGCCUCACAGAAAAACUCCACACUGUUAGAUAGAUCAGAUGUUGGCUGGUUGUACUGUCUGAAAGCUUUUAUGUUAGUAUGUGUUAAUAAACUGAAUUUUAUGGUAUACCCAACAAA